CUCCUGGAAACCUGAAGUGUGAAACUGCGUGUUGGGAGGCAGUCUAGCAGGUUGUUUUGGACAUGGGUAUGAAUGAGUUCAGAGGUACAAACACAGAAAUGGUUUGACAGCUCUGCUUGAGAGGGGCGUUUGAUAAUUUCUGUCUCCCACAGAGUGUUUAGGAGUUGGCAUUGCACUGAAGCUACCUCUUCCCCCACCCUCAGGGAAACCGCUGAAGCUUAGGAGGCAGAGACCUCUUUGGAGUGCCAUAGGGAAGUGAUCGGCUCAAGAUUGCUCCAGGCCACUGUUAAAAGGCUGGAGGAUGGGACAAAGCUAAAAUCAAUUGAGAGCACAGGACGGAGUGAAAACAAUUUCACUAGUCAGCCCCAAACCUAAAAUGCAAACACAAAGUCCCUCCAUUCUUUUUUGAGAGUUGACAAAGUAUCCUUUACCGUACGUAUGUGCCUCUGUGUGAUUUGGAUUAAAAGUCAACUUUAAAUAUGUGUGCAAGGAUGUGAAGAAAAACCUAACCUGCUUUUUGUUCUUGCAGUUAUGGGGGAAAACUGCUGGUGAAAUAAUCUUUCUUGCCCCUGUUCUUAGUUGGUACGCUUGGUUUUGCUCCCAUCUUCUCGCUGUUUUCAGGCACAAAGUCACAGCUCAACUUUUGUUGUGGCUGCCCUAUGAAUCCUACUGCUUACCUGUUCAGAGCUCUUCGGGAUUGCUCUGUCUUCACUAAUUGUUUUUUUUCCUGGAAGGCAGCUUACCUUCUUCCUGCAGUGUAUGAUUAAAUGAAAAUUGGUGUUAAGCCACACUAAGUUUUCUCUCUAAUGCCAGUGGGGGUGGUAACUAAGUGGGAGUGAAUUCUGUUCUUGCUGUGAAGAAAAAUUGUACUCUCAGGGUCCUAAAUUUCUCUGGAGGGGUUUUGUUUGCCUCUGACAAUUUUGACUUACAAAGAAUACUUGGAAAUUAAAUUUUAGUAGUGGUCUCCAAGAGGUGCUCCAGGAGGGAAUAUGAGGAGAGCUUUGAAAAUUAGUUCUGUUUUCUUUUCUGUGCAAUAAUUUGCAGGACAGUUGUGGGGUUUUUUUCCCCACUAAGACACUGGGCCAUAUUUUUAGGGUUUACGGAUUUUAUUAAAAGUUUCUCAGAAAAAUCCAGUGAGUUGCACUGUGCGCUGUGAUUGUAGAAGGAGCAAACUUUUCAUACAAAACACUGAAUUAUUUUUUUUAGAAGUUGCAACUUCAAGAAGAAUGGCCACAGUUAGACACUUUUCAGUAAAAAUCUUAAUUUACAAGACUUGAUUGGGACUAGAUUUAACACAUAGGGCACAAACGAAUGGAUAAAUUGAAGGAGCAAAUGCUGUGCAAAAACCAGAAAAGUGCUUGUCUCUUACCAAAGCGUGUCCUGUUGUGUGUGUGCUUUUGGGGGUUUGCAGAGGAAAGUUAUUACCACUGCAGUAUCCUAUGACUACUACCAGGAUUUAGGGCAAGGAUGAAAAGCAGAGUUCAAAUCUGUGGAAUAACUAGGAAGUCGACUCCCUGUCACAAGGCAGUCCCUAAGGAAGCACCUGGGUAGGCUUUUCAGAUCUGUGUGUAGAUCUGGGUUUUGCAAGCGGUGAAACUAUCACUUGACCAUACCAGAUAAAGCUGUCAGCGGAGCAGUUCAGGGAGUGUUAAUGCUUUAAAAGCAAUCUUAAGAGAAUGAGGCAAGGCCUUAAGCAGCUUGCAGGUAGGUAGGUGAGGACUUGCCUUCACCUCCCUGAUUUGAGGAUGGCACCUGGUAGUGUGCUGGAUUCUGUAGUGCGUGGUGGGAGGGCAGGAAUUGAGUGCAGCUGCGAGCACUGAUUGCAGGGUGGUGGAGGCUGGAGGGGACCUCGAGAUCAUCUGGUCCAGGAACACCCUUACUAGGGCCACCUAGAACCAGUUGCCCAGGACUGUGUCCAGAUGGUUUUUUUUAUAUCUCCACAGUGGAAGACUCCGCAAUCUCUCUGGGCAGCUUAUGCCAGUGCUCAGUAACACUCGCAGUAAGUGUUCAGAGGGAAUCUGUGUUUCAAUGCCUCUUGUCCUGUCACUGGGCAUCGCCAAAGAGUCUGACUUCAUCCUCUGCACCCUCCUUUCAGGUGUUUGUAUACAUUGAUGAGAUCCCUCCUAUAGCUGCUGACUUGACACAGUUUAUAGAUAUUCUUGCUUUCCAUACUCUCCAGCUGCCCUGAAAGUGGGAUUGGGUUUUAGACAUAAUGUUCUCAGAAAAGAGAAAGGGGAAUGAUGCUGCUACAGAAUGGGUGAUGUAUACAUUCCCGAACUUCAUCUAUCUAUUUAAGAGAUAAGCUUGAUGGUGACUAUAAGCAAUUCCAUAAAGAAAACGGUUUACGUCUUUCUCCUGCAAUUGCUAUCUACAGACUUACCUAAGAUCCCGUGACACAGCGUUUUAGCUAUUUCACUCAAGCAAUAUACAAUCUUCUCAGCUAAUUGCUUGCUUUUGAUGUCUCUUGUACCUCAUAGGACUUGAGUGUUUAGGAAAAAGUGUAAUCUCAUUAUGUUGGCUUAAUCACAAGAGAAUUUGAUUGACGUAAAGUCAGUAGGAGAACUGAAACAAAUGACAGGGUUGCUAUUAUGGCUAGUACAGGCAGAUGCAGUGCAGUAAGGAUGGGAAGCCGGUAUUUUGCCAGGUAGGUUCUUGGGUUUUUGGCAAGUAAAGUUCAGUUUUAAUGGUGAAGCAUUAUGCAGUAUAUUAGCAUUUUUUUCAUGUGUUUUAUAAAAAUGUCCCCUCAAUAGCUGGAGGCUUAACCACUGCGGUCUGUUGUAAAUCCUUCAGGAGAUGCAAGGAAGUGUUUUUGCCACAUUUAUUACAAGAGUUACCACCAAAAACUUGAAUAUUGAGAAGCUGUAGAGUUGCAGCUUUCCUGAUGAUGGCUGUAGAGUCUUCCUUCGUUUGUUAAAGAAAAAACCUGUUCAUCAGCAUUUUUGUCAGAGGAUCAUUAGAGAUGAGCACAGCAGCGAGAAGAUAGGAGCUGUCAUCUAUUGUUCCACUUUACAAAUUAAGCCAUUCUUGUAUGGAUCUGUGCAAGCCUUAUCCAAGUACCCCUGCAGGCAGAAUUGCACAGCAUUCCACCCUCCUUAUCACAGCACUUCUCCCUCUUGUCUGAGAUGUUUAGAGAUUAACAAACCCUUACGGUGGAGGGGGGGUUUAAGAAAAAUGCCUCAUUCAGAAAACUUGUAGAGCUAAUUAAAAGUAAGCUGUAUCAUGCUGACUGACACCACAGCUAUAUAGUAUUGAGAAAAUUUACAACAGAGGUGGAAUAAAUAGAAUGGGGGGAAAGGCUCGUUCUCUAUCUGUAUGCCCAUCCAGUGUCUGAAGUGGUAAUUGCUUUAUAAUAUAUGAUUGUAGUUAAUUGGAAUCUGGGAGUUAAUGGGCUUCUGCAGUCUGAAGAAACACUUCAAAUGAGGUACUUGUGGUUAUAGUGGGCUGAAGAGAGCUGCUAAAAUCUGCUUACAAGCCUUUAGUACUAAUCUGAACGACUCUUACUGUAACACCUUAGUCAAGCUCUCGUUGCCUCUGGAGGGUGAAGCUAUAAGCAGAACAAGUCCAUGUUUUAGGACGGCAAUGGAUUUCCCAUGUUCACUUUUCUUUCUGACUGAGAAACUGAGGGACGACUGAAACUGAACAAAACUUCGUGCUCCUGGUGUCUGCUCCAUGCAGAUGCUUCACGUGACCGUGAUUUGGUGCACAUGGAGGGCAAAGCAAUGGGUCUGCCUGGGAGUUUUUUCUGUGCUUGUCCCUGCAGCCUGGGCUUCAUCAGUAUGAAAGAGGGUAUGAAAGAGGCCUUGUGUACAAAGCCGUGUGGCAGCACGGCUUGCUGGAGGGUAAAUGGGGAUGGGGGAGGGAGGAGAUAGCCCUCUUAGCCUGCUAUAUUUUGUGUUGUCACUGUCCUUCCUUGCCAGGCAGUUUCUCUUCCAUCUGGCUGGUGGCCCUCCUGAACAUAGAGUGUUUGCAGUAGAGCUGUCGUGGUCUCCUGCAGUGAUAGAUGGCACCAGCAGAUCUUUGUGCCUCUAUUUAGGUAGCCACUUGAGAAUGCUGAUAGGAAGGAGGUGAGAAGUAUGUCUUGCUGCUGUUCUGUUCAUAUGCACAGCAGGAGCCCGAUUUUGCCCUGAUGGCUGUGAGCAGGGCCAGGAAAAGGAAAUUCGGAGAGGAGCCUGCUGCAAAUUAGAGCUGAGGAGUAUAGCAGUGUAUAGGUGAAGGGUGUGAAGAACAUCAGUGCUGUGGUCCCUGCGGUUUCCACUCCUGAAUUAAGUCCUAAUGAUAGUGUCCUUACCUCCUUAAGGCUUUGCCUUCAAUGUUCAUAAUAAUGGCAGGGAUAAAGGGAGCACUGAAUCUGUGUGCAAGAGCAACUAUGGUCUCUGUGUGUAUGCUGGGCAUUUUAUGGACUUUAGACUAAACAAAAACAUGUUUUAGUGAAAUCCCAUUUUUCUGGGUAUUUAUUGCUUUAAAGUUGAGCCUAUGGCUUCUUUCCCUCUUUUGACCAGAGGGAACAAAGUGGGUAAAAAAAAAAGUGGACUUCAAUCAAUAUGUAAACUUCCACAGUUGAGAAACACCUUGUGGAAAGUAGUCCUGCACCUAAGGCUGUUUUAGAAACUUGUAGUGAGAGUUCAGAUGUACGAACUGGUGUUGGAACGGCUAAGGAGUGUGCUUCUCCAUAGUGGGCAGCCAACAGGCCUGGGUCUCACCUGCUUCUUGCUGGACCGUUUUGUCAGAUCUUGAAAGUGUUGAUGGUGCUCCAGGUGUUUACCUGUGUUAAUAUGUAGAGGUAUUACAUUUCUCUCCUCCAUUAUUCUGCCAAGGAAACUAACAAAUCCUUCUCUUUUGCAGAAGUUUGGUGGGUUUUUUUUUUGCUGGCCGUUGUACCGAAACUACUGCGUGGGUGCGUAUAUUCCUGUGAUGUUCUGGAUUUAGCAGUGUCAUAGGUGAGGAACUGUGGCUGAGAGAACUCAAGUUACAUGCUUAAGUCAGGCAGGGACUUUGCCAGGGAUGGAAACUGUUCCUGGUGCACUGACCUUUGCUUCCACACCAUUGUUACAAAGGCAACAACGCUCUUGCUAUGCUCAAAAUUAACAGGACAAUGAGCAAUGGGUGCUGACCCCCAGAAUAAAUGCUCUAAACUUUGUCUCUGAUCUGUUUGCUACAUUAGAGUGUUCAGGCACCAUGGGUUGCAAAGGGCAAGGAGGUCAUUAAUGCUGAGCUGGCCUUUUAUGUAGCCCGUGCUACUCAAUGUGGCGUGUGUAUGUGUCUCAUGGGUAGUCCUCGACUUGACUUUGAUGUUUUCUGUGCAAAAAGCUUCCAGCAGAGCUGGCUAAGCCAUCGUUGCUGACCUGUGUCACCUGAUCAAACCAUGUCCUUGGUAACCCUCUAUUGCUGCUGGCACAUUUGGGAUUGAGUUGAAUAAUGUUGUAAAAUGCUCUAGGAAAGGUAAACAGAGACACAGGUGGUGUGCAUGCUAAGCAGCAAGCUUACCAGCUCUGAACAUUGCAAUAAAACCUUCUUGGGGAAAGAUUUGUUCUUCCCUGCCCCUGUGCAUAGGGGUGCAGCUGCCCUCCGUGAUGAGGAGUGCUCCCAUGGCCACUGCACCCUCCCACAGCCUCAGACCUGGGACUGGGAUCUGGGCAGCUGGGGCUGCCUGAGUGGUGCAGCUGGUUAGGCAGCUGUCUCUAGCUUCAAACAAUAAAAAAAUGAGAUAUUGUUUCAUCUGGACACCUCUAGGACAAGCAAAGGACUGAGUAGCCACAGCAAAUUCUUUAGAGUGGGCAGCUCCAGGGGAGCUCUUGGUCUCUGCAAGAUAAAACUAAGUAAAGAAGCAAAGGAUGAAAAUCUGCUUUUCCUCACCACAGGUAACUACUAUUAGAUCUUUGCCUCUCUGGUGCAGUACAAUAGCAGGGCCACUGAGUCAUCCUUACACAGGAGCUCUGUGGCUUUUCACUGCACGUCUGUAAAUUCAGGUGAUACUGUUGAGCUCAGAAUCCUUUUUCCUCGUUGUGCAACAUAAUUCCAGGGAAACUUUUCCCUCUUCUGGUUAUGAGUAGGGUUUUCUUCUCAAUGCGGUGUGUGGCAUGGUCAGUACAGCAUUAAUACUUUUCUGCAAUGCAGUGCUGUAUACAGGAGCUGGGGCUCAGGUGAGAUGGUGGUAGUAUCUGCUGCUCUCCCCUGUUCUCCACCCUCUCCCUUAAUGUCACUCUGAGAUGGGCUUUGAUGCUGCUUGGGACGCAUCCUGUCUGGGACCAAAAGGCCAGUCAAAGCCAGGUCCAGAGUGAAAGUGAGAAAGCACUGAGUUUGCUGACUCUCUUAUCUAGCAAUCAAUUGUGACUUUUGUCAGGGGCCUGCAUCUAUCAUUUCUUUAAUAUCAAGUGCAGCCUGGGAGCUUGAGGCAGGCUGUCUGCGUUUCCUCUGUUGGAGAUGCUUUGCAAGUGCCUGUGACCGUGUAAGGCCCAGUGAGCGUGCGUCCGGUGCUGGGAUCCAGCCUCUGGCACGUCCCAGGCUUCUGAUCUCCAGGAAUGGGAAAGGACCAUGUGUCUGCAGUGUCACUUCUGAGUAACUGCAUUGGGAAGGGCUGACGCUGAGCAAUUAUAGCAUCAAAAUCAAUACACACAGGACGGCACAGGUUAAAACAGGAGCAGAUGCCUCAUACAAUGUAUGUGUCUGUAUUGGUGAUGUGAUACGCCAAAACUCCAGAUGCUUUACCAGGGACAAUACAGGCAGUUCUUCCCCAAAUCCUAAUCCUGGAGGGAAGGCACAAUGCGGGAAGGAGCAGUAAGAUGCUAAUGUCCUUUCCUGUGGGCAUUACAGUAGACAGGGUUCUUUUGGAGGACUAUGUAGGGAGGAAUGGUCUCAAGAGAGGAACAAGGACUUAGGGAACCAGAAAAAAAAAGCUUGUUGUGGGACUGCUAAACAGGAGAUGAACGGAGACUUGCCCGAACUGUGUGAUAUAUUCUUGUCUCUGUGCUGUGGCCAAGAAGGAGCUUGUACCUAAGAGGCAAGGCAGAGGCUGUGCUUGCCACAUCUCCAAGGUGCAGUAAGGCAUGGAGGCAGAAUGUGAUCAGCCGUGGCCCUUUAAGGCUGAGCAAGGCGUGCAGCACGGACGCUGCCCAGUGCAAACCCAGCAGCCCUGUGAACUCGGGUGGGCAGUGCCAGGCUGGCACAGCAAAAACCUCCUGAUGGCAGAGGGGAACUAAUUGAACUUGCUGGCUCCCACCUGCUCUGCUCCCCUUUUUUUGGGACAAAUGAGAAGAACCUGUCUCCAAGUGCAAGAUUUUGGGGGUAUGUGUCAGAGGGAGAGAUGCUCUAUGUUAAAACAUCCAUCUCACCCUGAUUUGUGCCGGAGGUGCCGCAACGUUGAGUGAAAUAACCUUCCAAGCUGGCUCUGGUGCAAAGAUAUUUUGGCUUAUGUUAUUGCUGGGAGCUUUCUCUCUGUGCUCUUUCUGCCUCUCUGUGUUCCUGAUCUCUGGCUCUCUUCACUCUUUUUUUUUUUUUUUUUUUUUUUUCCCCUUUUUUUUUCCUCCCUUGAGCUGGGAUGUGUGCUGUCUGUAAUGCAUCAGGAAGUAAUGUGCAACGAGGAAACUCUCAUCAUCUGUGCAUCAGGGAGAGAAUUAUUGACUGAGUGCUGAGCAGUCAAGUUAUUGAUUCAAAAUAGCCCAGUCUCUCCGUCUGCCGCUUGGAAUGCCUGGUUACGUCCUUCUGGUUCAUUGCAUUUAAUCGGAUUCCCUGAGCUGCCACGCAGAGGGGGAGAGUUAGAACCAGGUCCAUCUAUCAUGUUCGCUUCAAAAUCCAGUUCUGUAUCCCCUUCUCCAUCCAUGGAGCAGGCAGACUCAGAUGCUCUGGACAUCAGCACCAAAGUGCAGCUGUAUGGUGUACUCUGGAAGAGACCCUUCGGGAGGCAGUCAGCCAAAUGGUCCAGGAGGUUCUUCAUCAUUAAGGAAAGUUUCCUGCUCUACUAUGCUGAGAGUGAGAAGAGAAAUUUUGAAAGCAAUAAAUACUUCAAUAUCCACCCCAAGGGUGUCAUACCCCUGGGAGGCUGCAUCGUGGAGCCCAGAGAAGAGCCCAACAUGCCUUAUGCCAUAAGGAUCUCACAUGAAGACUUCCAUGGUAACAUUGUUCUAGCAGCUGAAUCAGAGUUUGAGCAGGCUCAGUGGCUGGAGAUGCUACAGGAGUCUGGAAAAGUGACCUGGAAGAAUGCCCAGCUGGGAGAAGCCAUGAUCGAGAGCCUGGAAGCCCAAGGACUGCAGCUGGCCAAGGAGAAACAGGAAUACUUAGAUAAGCUAAUGGAAGAAACAGAAGAGCUGUGUCUGCAGAGGGAGCAAAAGGAGGAACUUGAGCGUCUGAACCAGGUCUUGGAAGCAGAGAAGCACCAGUUUGAAGAGGUGGUACGGGAGCUGCGGCUGGAGCAGGAGCAGAUCAAACGGGAGCUAGAGAUCACAGCCCGCUCCCUUAAAGGAGUGGAGGAAGAAAAGAAAGAGUUGCGAAGCCUGACACAGUCUUUACAGAAAACCCUAGAGGAGCUCUCUCAGGAAAAGCAGCAAAUGCUGGAGAUGCUGGAAGAAAAUGAGAGCCAGCUCCCACCUCCAACCAGCCCCAGCAAGGAGCAAAGUCCCAUCCAGGGACUGCACUGCAGCCUGCAACAGAUUGAAGAGAAGAUGCAGCAACUUCUGGAGGAGAAACUCCUGGCAGAGAAAAGGAUGAAGGAGAAUGAGGAGCGGUCCCGAGCACUGGAGGAGGAGCGGGAAUUUUACUCUGCCCAGUCACAAGCGCUGCAGAACUCGCUCUCGGAGCUGACGGCAGAGAAGCAGCAGACUGAGAGAGACCUCAAGGCUGAGGUGAAGGUGCGCAUGGAUCUGGAGAAGAGACUGAGAGAAGCUGAGGAAGCAUUGCAGAGCUUGGAGCAAGGCUUGAGUUCUCUGGAUUGCAACAAGGAGAAAGAGGAGAAGAUGAAAGCAGAUGUCAGUAACUUGAGAAAGUUCUUUGAAGAGUGCAUCCGCAAUGCCGAACUAGAGGCCAAGAUGCCCGUGAUCAUGAAGAACUCUGUGUACAUCCACAAGGCUGCCACUCGUCGCAUAAAGAGCUGCCGCUUCCACCGCCGGAGAACCAGUGCUUCAUGGAAUGACUUGAAGCAGUCCCAUUCCUUCAUCUUCUCACAUGCAGAAGCUGAAAACAUUGAGGAACUGAAAGAAGCAGCCAAAAGACUAAGCCGGGACCAGCACUUCAGGGAAACUCUCUAUCAGAUCAUGAGGUCACAAAAGGAUUCUGCUUCGGGUGAUGAAAAGUGACUCUUGUUGGGAGGGGACUUCUGAUCUCAACUUGCCAUUCAGCUCCGCAAAAGUUAUGCCAUCGGGCUCUAGGGUCAUAAGGGAGAUUUGCCCUUUGAUAGGGAAAGUGGGGGAAAGUUGUGUAUAGGCAACUCCCUCAAUGGCUUUGCUUUUGUUUGAAUGCUCCCUGUAGCCUGGCAGACCUUCUCUACUGAUCACUCCAGAUCUGUUUGCUUCAGCUGCUUAUGUUAAGCCACGUUUUGCCAAGAUGCCACAGUCGGUGUUAAAGUGAACCACAGACAGUAGCUUAGGAAGCACCUUUCCUUUCCUUUCCUGUGUAGUCUGUCUGCCAAACACAAGUGCUUCUGAGAAAGCCCUUUAGCCCCCUUUGCUCCAGCUAGUGUAACCUCCCCAGCUGGGCACAGUUUACCCUGUUCUGCCUGACCUCUUCUAGGAAAUGUUUUGCUGCCCACCCCAGUCAGUCAGUGCUUCGGUGGGAUGUGUUUCCUGGCACAUUUCCUGAAGACCAGAGCAGUCCCAGCCUCCCAAGCACAGACAAUAAUAUGAAACACAAAGCAACCUCUUGAUGCUACAUCAUUUCAAGUAAACAGUAGCAACAGAAGGUGAAGACAACCUGAGGAUGCUGUGGGUUUGGCUCCAAGGAGGGUCAUGUGCAGAGAAGAGCUUAUAGGUAAUUCAGUGGCAUCAGUGCAAGCUGGAGGGAGGGCUGCAUUGUGCUGACUGUGGGCAGAAUGCCCUGGGGCCACCUUUGCACAUUUUUUGUAUUGGGGCAUCUGGCUGUGUCAUUGCCGGGAGGAACAGAGCUACGUGCUGCAGAAGGUGUUAUCUAUAGGCAGAUUCAGUAUGGAGGAGCCUUUGACUUGGCUCUGACAGCUUCCUCAUCACCUCCAUAAAGCAAGCUGGAGGACAGGUGGGUGAGUUUCCAGCAGCAAAACCCCCUACCACUUGGAGAAUUAGACAUUAUCAGCAGUAAGCUGUCAAGGCUGUGAAUGUGGUCAUCUCUUUAUGUGCUGCAGUGAAUAGCCUGUAUCCAAGGCUUUGUACUGCUUUCUACCAGUACAGGCUAUCUUGGCCAGAGUGGGACCUCUGGCAAAUCAAGGCUGGACUGGGAGAGGUGCUGUGGACAGCUUAUUCAGAGGUGGGUUUCGGGUUGCCUUUGUCCCCUCCCAGCUUCUUAACAUGUGUUUAUUGCAGGGGAGGAUUUGCUCUGUGUGUGGUCACCCUGUAUGUUUCAGGAGAGGAAUCUCUUUGUUGUGGAAGCUUUGCAUCCUCUCCCACCAAUUUUAAGCAAGCAGCUGGCUAAUAAUUACCCACUCUAUAGUAACUACCCACUCCAUAGUAACAGCACUGCCUGGUGCUGGCAGAGCAUGACCAGCACACGCAGAGUGAUGCUGUUAUCCCCAUGGUAUGAAUUGGGAAACAAAGGAAUAAACAAUACAAAGAUGAAUGAAGUUAGCAGCAGAGGUACAGUUAAGGCUCAGGGGGUCUGAAGCACAGAUUUACCGGGGUUUUCAGGGGUGUACCUCUCAUCAGUACCCCUAGUAUUAUGUAUGUCCGGUGACAUACAUAGUAAGUCCAUAAUAAGAGAUAAGAGUCCUGCUUACUUGUUCCACACAGACUGUGACACUGCUUAGUCCCAGGCUUUGGCUUCUGGCCACUGAAGUCAUUCCCUACCAAUUCAGUGCUGUUUCUAGGGAGAAGUCAGGGAUGAGGCUGGGAAGAGAGCCUUGGCUUGCCAGACAGAGAAGAAAUGUUGAUGCUGGGUGGAGGAGCGUACUGGGAGGGUGUGAUGGUCUAGGACAGAGUCACUCUGGUGUGAUCAGAGGAAAAGCACCAAAGGCACAGCCUGUAUUUUUCAUUUCAGGCAGUUACUGGCCAGUAUCUUUCUACUGGGCAAUGGGAGGGUCCAGCACUGAAGGCUGACAUUUUUGUGAUGACAGGUGAUGCAACAGAAAAAGAAAAUUUGCAUCCCUCCUUAGCAUGCCUGAUCCUUCUAUGUAUUUUCCCCAUGUGCUUGCGUCCUAGAAAGCCACAAAUGAAUUAUUGCUCCUACAAGACUGAAAAGCUGUAAGAAAGCAAUACAGAGCUGUUUUUCCGCCUUACACUGUCCUCACAUCAUGUCUGGCUGUUUUCCAGUUACAAGGUCUAUAUUAUGUGAUGCUGGAAGGAACAGAAGAAAGGACAGCCAGGGAGCAUAUCUGUAAUUCAGGCAUUUAGGAAAAUCACCCUGUGGCUUGUGAAUGCAGCACCUUUGAUCUAUUACCACCAAAAGCCACAAUAUCAGACUUUACAGAAGUAUUGUACUCGGGAGGUAGCCGCAUCAGGUUCUUCCUUUACCAUGCAUAUUGACAGCAAUAAAUAAAUAAAAGUUAUGCUGA